AUCUACAAAUUAGUAUAUAUUGUUACAUUCUAUUUAAAUUGUAAAAAUAUUUUGAUGUAUUUAAAAAAUGACAGAAAUAAAUUGGAUUGCAAAGCCUAUGAAUUAUAAAACAAUACAGUUUGCACCUUUGGAAGAGGUAACAGAUCAUCCUUUAAAACGUGCCACGGUUAUGUUAAUUGAUGGUCGUAGUGGAACAAAGCGUAAUGUAUCACACAGUACGAGUACUGGUUCCUCAACUGCUACACCAACACCAACUCAUACACCCAUUCCUGGGAAUUCUUUAACAGAUCCAUUAUUAAGCCAUUGUUCCUUUGAUGGGUCAGAUCCUCUUUCACAAUUUGCUAAGGAAGAAUUAGAUCCUUUAUCUAAGAUGGCUGCCGAUGAGUGGGAUUACUCUCCUAAUAUAGUAGUCACUGGUAAAAAAUCUGUGGAUAUUGCAGAAGAAUUAGUAGAACCAUGGUUAGCAAGACGUUCUAUAAUAUUAAGCAAAUAUACAACAUCGGAGAAAUUAUCAAUAGUUACUAGUUUUUUACCAGGUGGUGAAAAAGUUACUGUUAAAGUCCAACCAAGUGGUGGAGUUAUUGAUAAAUUACGAACAAGAUUGAAACAAUUAGAUGAUUUUGAAGAAGGAUCUCUUAGACAAAUGUUAGAUUUAUCACAACAACAAUACACUGCAAGAGUUAAACAACUAAAUCAUGAACUUGAACAAGCUUGGUAUUCCGACCAAAGAGUUAAAGCACUUAAAAUAGCAAUUCAGUGUGCCAAAUUAUUAGUACAUACAUCUGUUAUGUCUUUUUAUCCUGGCAAGUUUGUUCUUAUCACAGAUAUUUUAGAUAUUUUUGGAAAACUGGUUUAUGAAAGAUUAAAGAUUAAAGCUCAAUAUUACAAACCAGGAAGUAAAGUGCCCACAAGUUUACCUGAUAAUUUUACACCUGAUAUGGUACCUGAGAAUGCAAAAGAAACUUGUAGAAAUUGGUUUUAUAAAAUAGCAUCAAUAAGAGAACUAGUUCCACGUCUGUAUGUAGAAAUGGCAAUAAUAAAAUCUUAUAGCUUUUUGACAGCAAGUGAAUUUAAUACUGCUCUGUUACGAAUAACGCGAAUGAUAAGGGGCAUUGGAAAUCCUCUCAUAGCUGUGUAUGCAAGAUGUUAUUUAUGCCGAGUGGGAUUAGCUUUAAAUAAAACAUCUAAUUUUGAAUUUGUAAGAGAAAACUUUUACGAUUUUCUCUUUACGUAUCAACAAUUGUUUGGCCAAUUUGUAAAGAAUGAAUUAGUUGAACAAAAUAUGACCUUAUAUUCUUAUUUAAAUCUUUACUCACCAGCUUUAGAUUGGAUUUUGCAAGUAUUGGUAGCUACAAAUUCUGAGAAUUUUUUAGAAGAUAUUCUUUCCCGAUGUAGGAAUCAAGCAAAUAGUUCAUUAUUAUUAAGUAGCAUUUUAACAGCAUUUAAACCUUCAUAUAUUGCUGGACGUGCAAUGGAUUUUGUAAAUUUAAUAACUGCAAUUGAAGAUGACGGUUUUCCACAAUAUCUUUUAUAUCGAAGUUUAGGUGAAAGUCUUGUAUUAGAAGCACCACCAAAAGAAGACUGCCAACCAAUUCUUAAUAUGAUAUGGAAAUAUAUAACAGACUUAACAAAUCCUAAUAAAUUCAUGCAUUGUAUUGAAAUUUGGAUACAAUUCACUGCUAUUCAUUUUUCUGUAAAUGAAUUAAAUCUAUUUUUUGGAAAAAUAAUUGAUCGGCUUAAUCCAAAUAAGAGUUUUGAACAUUAUUAUCCACAAUUACAAAAUAUUGUUGAAAAAGUUGUAUCUCAUACACAAGAUUUCGAAUCAUUACUUGCUAUGGACAAUUUCUUACCUCUAAUAGAUCUAUUUCAUAAGGAAAGUAUUAAAGUUGAAGUGUGUAAGACUGUUAUAGAAGGUAUAAGUGCUCAGACCAGUCCUAUUACUGAUCCUAUUGUUAUAAAUGCUCUUAUGUUCAUUGCUAGAAUAAUGCACGAUUCUGUUAGUGCACUAACUGUUGAAGAUGAAAAACGACAGAUUGGUCAACUUAUAUGUGGUUUAGUUCAACGUGUUGAUUAUGGUCGUGAUUUUGAAAAACAACUUAAUUUUUAUGUUGAAGCAAGAGCAGCUUUUCCUAAUCUCGAUAGUGUUCACAUACAACUUGUACAGUGUGUAAAUAGACUGUCAGUUGAUACACGAAAAAUCGUUCGUGGACAUCAUACAAGAAGAACAUCGGCAUUUGUACGUGCUUGUGCUGCAUUUUGUUUUAUCACCAUUCCAUCAUUGACUUUAGUUCACACACGGCUUCAGUUGUAUUUGCUUUCAGGCCAAGUAGCACUCUUAAAUCAAUGCUUAGGUCAAGCUGAUGCAUGUUUUAAGGCUGCGUUAAGUUUAGUUCCGGAAAUGCCCAAAACAAUUGAUAUAGAUGGGAGACAAAAAAGUUCCCAACCUUAUUUACUUUCAUAUUUAUCGAAUUUUUUAUCAACAUUACUUGUUGUACCGGAUAGCCCAGAACAUGGUGUUUUAUAUUUGAUGCGAGGGUUACUUAAUGCUGUUCAACGAUGUUUUGAAGAAAAUACAUCAAUUAGAACGUAUUUAUAUUUACGUGUGCUUGACUUAUUGUCAACAAUAGUUCAAGAAACUUAUCCAUAUCACGUUGAAAAGGUUGAUUCUAAUGAUAAAUUAUAUGGCUCUGAUCAGAAAUUUAUAAGCGAAGUAAAUAAAAUAAGUUCUAAAAUUAUAGAAGAAAUUUUAAUUCAUUUAAAAUAUCUUGGAUCGAAUAAUCAAUUGAAGAAACAAGCAGCUCUUGCUCUAGAGCUUUUCAAUUGUUUUGUUAUUAGAGCAGAUUUACGCGAUCCACAGUUAGCACACAUGGCUAUAACUUUAUGGAAUUUAUCUCUGCGACAUGAUUUUAUAGGUCCAAAACUAAAGAUGAAAAUGAUAGCUUAUAUGACACAAAAAAGCCAUAGCGAAGAAUAUGAACAUUUUGGAGACAUUCUAAGAAAGAUGAUAAAAUAA